AUGGAUGGGCAUAAAAAUCCAGAUCCAGGAGGAACAACAGGACCGAAUAGGACCAACACCCGCCAGACUAGGGUAAUGUAUAACACCAGCUCAACCACCCCCAAACAACCCCACCAGGCGCUCCCCAGAGGCAGCAAAAAGUUCACGCUGAGAGGGCAGACUGGACAAAACACCUUGGAAGAUCCCAGCCCCUGGAGGAACGCAGCGGCCAACUGGAACCAAACAGCACAACUGGACAAUGCUGACCAAGACACCACCCUGCAACUGCCCCCAAUCCAAGAAACACUAAUUACCACCAGUAUCCCAACACUCAGUCCCAAUUCACCAGAACUGGUACAGAACCAAGAUUUAGAAGAUGGAACAUAUGAUGAACCUGACCUACACGACCAGGAAAACCAAUCCCAAUCACCCUCCGAUAUGGAGGAUGAUGAGAUGUUAUUCUUAGAACCAAGCCCAGAGGAUAGAUUAGAAGACGAAAACCACCACACCAUGGAUGAAGCCAAUGAAUACAUGCAUGUUGCUGCAGAAAGAAUCCUACACAUCCAGAAAGCAGGACUCUGGCAACGCUUCCUCCCAGCAUACACCCACUGGUACCUAGGACUGCCCAAGGCUACGUCCCCCAACCCAGGCUUCACAAAGCUGGCAGGAGGAGACCUUGAGGAAUGCCUUGCGGAGGCCGAAGCUAAUGUAUCAUGCUUAACCAGAACAUGCGAGUACCUGACCAACAAACUAGAACUCCUUGUGUCAGACCAGAAUGCCAACAGUGUCCCGUCUCCUCCCAGGAGGGACCCAGACGCUGUAGCAGCGCCGAUGGGGAAACCAAAGAAAACCUGGGAGAGUGUCGUGGCAAGAAACCCCCCAAAGCCACCCCUGCCCCACAGCAAACCAAAGCAGCCAAAUACCGUGGUGGGCCCACAGGGGCUGACUGCCAAACAGCUAGUGGAACCCACAGUGGACUCACGCUGCCUAAUCAUCCAGGUGAACCCCCCGAUUCACCCAGAUCAGCGCCCAAAUGGCAUAGAAACCUGGAAAAGAGCUAACAAGCUGUUGGAGAGGAAGAAUCUCCCACACUGCCUCAGGAUCAUGGCAAUUGGAUAUUCGGUAGCAGGGAACAUUAAGCUCAUGACCGCACCGACAUGUAAGGCCUCCGACUUAAUCCAAUAUGGCCACGAAAUAGCGGUGCUCAUCACAGAAAAUGAGGUCCUUGCUGUACUUCCCGACAUGGAACACUACAGGGUCAAAAUAAAUAAAGUCCCAACACAUAGCAGGAGUGGUCCAAUGCCCAUCAGUAUGGUACAUGAAGAGCUCUCAACAUACGUAGCCAUGUACAGAGAUCUGAGCACUUGGAGGGCACCCAAGUGGCUUGGAUCAGAUGAGACCAUAUGCACUAAGAACUUCGCCUCCAUUGUACUUGACCUCACAAACAAAGAUGACAGGGACAAACUUUUAGAAUUAAAGACGGUCUACCUCUUCAACUACAGAUGCAUGUUAGACACUGGUCCAGGGUCGGCGCCGAAGGUCACCGAUGCAGGCUGCUAUUGGCCGUGA